AUUCCGGAUUUGACAACAGUGAGCCGGACCGCAUGUGAUGUUGUUGUUAGAGGUGUCAUCAUCAUCCAGGUGUUAGUAAUAAUAAAGUUACUGGUGGAAACAAGAGCAGGAAGAAGAGUACAAUGUUGGACAUAGUGUUGUUCCGUGUUGAUCAAGGUGGUGACCCAGAGGUUGUCAGACACUCACAGACCAACAGAUAUAAAGAUGUUUCUACCGUCGACCAGGUUAUUAACCUCGAUACUAAGUGGAGAUCUGCACGUCACAAAGGUGAUCUCCUCAAUAGAGUGGCCAAUGUUAUCUCCAAGACAGUCGGGGAAAAAAAGAAGGCAGCGAGAGGCAAGAACGACACAGAGGCAGAAGCUAGGAGUGUGGCACCGGACUUGGAGGCUCUGGAGAGCCACCUCACUCAGUACAGCUACAUAUAUGGUUACAUGCCCUGCCAGACUGACUCUAUGUUGGCACAGCGGCUCUCAGGUGCCCCAGCCCCUGACACUCACCCGGCAGUGUGUCGCUGGUACACCCACAUCACUUCUUUCUCCCCUUCUGAUAUAAAGGCACUGCCUGAGUCUCAUCAGCUUCCCUUCAGGGCAUCUUUGGUAAGACAGGGUCCUUAUGAUGAUACUGUUAGUAAUGAUGUGGUUAGUGAUGAUACUGUUAGUAAUGAUGAGGUUAGUGAUGUUACUGUUAGUAAUGAUGUGGUUAGUGAUGAUACUGUUAGUAAUGAUGAUGUUUGCAGUGAUACUGUUAGUAAUGAUGAUGUUAGUGAUGAUACUGUUAGUAAUGAUGAGUUUAGUGAUGAUAUUGUUAGUAAUGAUGAGGUUAGUGAUGAUACUGUUAGUAAUGAUGAGGUUAGUAAUGAUGUUAGUGAUGAUAUUGUUGGUAAUGAUGAGGUUAGUGAUGAUACUGUUAGUAAUGAUGAGAUUAGUGAUGUUUCUGUUAGUAAUGAUGAGGAGAACAAUGCAGUAGUGAGAACGUUUGGAGAGGAAAGCAAGAAAAAAUACUCCCACGUUGAUCUCAUCUCCAUGAUCGGAGGAUCAGACUCAAAGCGGGGAUCUGUUACAUCAGGUGGUCGUGGAUACUACUUGAUGGGUCCAGCAGUGUUCCUGGAGCGUGCACUAAUUGAACUAUCCCUGAACCUACUUCACAAGAAGGGUUACACUCCCAUCGUCACACCAUUCUUCAUGCGCAAGGAAGUUAUGCAGGAGGUGGCUCAGCUCUCCCAGUUUGAUGAAGAACUCUACAAGGUCCUGGGUAAAGGUAAUGUUCCAGGUAGUGAACAAGUAGAUGAGAAGUAUCUCAUUGCUACAUCAGAACAACCAAUUGCUGCUUUCCACCGUGAUGAGUGGAUACCUACUGACCAACUGCCAAUCAGAUAUGCAGGUUUGUCCUACUGUUUUCGCCAAGAAGUGGGCUCUCACGGUCGUGAUACCCGAGGUAUCUUCAGGGUGCACCAGUUCCAGAAGGUGGAGCAAUUUUGUCUCACAUCGCCUCAUGACAAUGCUUCGUGGAUCAUGAUGGAAGAAAUGAUCACAAAUGCUGAGGAAUUAUGUCAACUGUUGGGUCUAGCUUAUCGUGUGGUCAACAUUGUGUCAGGAGAACUUAACAAUGCUGCAGCUAAGAAGUUGGAUCUGGAGGCUUACUUCCCAGGCUCAGGUGCCUAUCGUGAACUGGUCUCGUGCUCCAAUUGUCUCGACUAUCAGUCCAGGAGGCUCAAGGUUCGCUAUGGAACAACCAAGAAGAUGAACACUGCUGUUGAAUAUGUGCACAUGUUGAAUGCUACCAUGUGUGCCACCACACGAGUGAUAUGUGCACUGCUGGAGAACUACCAGACUGAUGAUGGUAUCACUGUACCAGCUGCUCUCAGAGAGUACAUGCCCAGUGAUAUGAAGGAGUUUAUUCCUUUCAAGUAUCCAGCACCAAUUGAUGAAGAAGCUAACAAGAAGAAGAAAAAGGGUAAAAAUAAGCAAGAAGAAUGAGGCAUUAGAGACUAUUAAGCACACAAGAAAAUGGAGCAUUAAUUCUGACACAUUAUUUAUGAUGAGAUAGUGGUUGCUUCAUCAAUCAUCACAAUAGGGGUACCAACUGUUGCUCUUGUCAUAUACUAUGUUUCUGCUUACUCUUAUGGCGAAUUCUUGGUUCUUCAUUACGUUAUUAUAAUUAUGUACUAGUUCCCAUUCUUAAAAUUCUUUCGACAUUUCUUUGUUUAGUUUUGUAAACAGUUGGAAGAAAGUGUGUUGGGAUAAACUGAAGGCAAGAGAAGAGGGAGCCCAGCAAGAAGGGCAAGUUAUGAGUUAAUGUCUGUGUGAGGAAACUGGGUACACUAUAUGAAUAUAACAUAAAGAAUGGUGAACAUGGCUGAAUAGAAGACAUUUGUUAUUAUUGAAUGAAUGAAUGACAUUAUUAUCACUUGAGUUAAACAUACUUUACAUUUAGUUUAGAAGCAGGUGAGAUAAUGUGCUGCUGUGGAAGAUGUGCUUUGCUACGUAUUAAUUCUCAAAAAUAUGAAAGUAUCAGAAGAGUGUCUAAAAAUACAGUCACAUGCCUCUUGAGGUAAAAUUUACAGGAAGUGUACUAGAUGGUGGGUUUGCAAUUUCUGUUUAAUACAUAAUUGAGAUAGCAAAGUACUCUGUUCAAGGAUUAGCAACAGGCAUAAUAUCUGUGAGAAAAAACAAUUAGAAGUUUUGCAUGACUACGUAAGGGUCAAGAGAAGCUGUAAGAGAAAAAACUUUUGAGAUGAUGGGUUAAUGAUUCCAGGUUACAGAGCAGCUUUCUAACUUAAAAUAUGACUGGGACUUCUAUGAACCAGUUGAAGUUUUAAAACCAUUAUUAAAAAGUAUAUUGUUUUCUAUACAAACAGCUUGUUAGUCAAGAUACCAGGGACACAGUUGCUUUGUAAAUUAAGGAAUUAGGGUAUCCUGUAUACUAGGUAACAAGGGCUAAUAAGGUAAACCUCUCUCCCAGUUAGGGUAUUCUAUAUAUAAAAGUUAUGUCAACUGGCACAGUGCACUCUGCUUUCUUCCCAGUUGCAUCAUCUCUAAUAUUGACAUAACUGUACCUUUAACACAAAUAUAAAUUAAAAACUGAAUUCAACAUGUCUUAACCAUUUUCUACAAUUGGCACACAGUAUUUUCACUGCUUAUCAGAUGUAGAAAUUAAAACACUGUAUAUUAUAUUAAACAAUGUUUUUUUUUGUUUUAUAUGAACUUCUUUUAAUAAAGUUGAACAUUGAAUCACCCUGCCUUUAUGUUCUUAACAGAUUAUUUAUAAUGGCCAACAGUACAAUAGUGAGGACGAGAUUGUAAGAGCAACAAGGUGGUAACACAAUCUUAUCUUUAAAAAAAAUUGUCUUGUAUCAGUGUUUCCAUUCUAU